CAGUGACGUCACUCCGCCUUCCGUUGAAAACAGUGGCAACAGUUAAGCGCUUUAUUUUCUUGAGCAUUUCACAAUUCAUUCCUCUCUUGUCCUCACGAUGCGUGCCUACUUCGGCGUUUUUCUUUUUCUUUUGUCCGGCUUCGUCGCCACCCUUGGGCAAAUAUCGACUACUUCUCCUCCUCCUGUGCCUUGUGCCUCCAAAUCCAACAGCAGCUGUGCAGAAUGUCUGCAGGAUACCAAGUGUUUGUGGUGCGAGCCCAAACAGCAGUGCCUGGACUACCCGGUGAAGAACAUCUUGCCUCCAAGAAGCGUGUGUCCCCUGAGUGACGCGAGAUGGAGCGUAUGCUGGGUCAAUUUCCAGACGGUGCUGAUCACGCUGGGCGCACUGUCUGGCCUUUUGAUCCUGGCCUUGCUUGUCUGCUGCAUGUGCUGUUGCUGCCGCCGCCACCGCCGCCGUCAGCGGGUCAGUGAUGAUGACGACGAUUUAAGGGCAGAGCAACAAACCCGUGCGAGGAAUGCUCGUCAGAAAGAAAGGAGGAUGGAAAUGCAGCUGAGGCAUGACAAAAUCCGACAGAAAUAUGGUCUUACAAAGGACAAUCCCUACUCUCGGAUGGAUGAGAAGAAGUAAGUGCCUUACUUCCUCACUUGAAUGACUACUGCAGAGGAGCAGGUGUCUUAUUUGAAGUGAGGCAUCUCCUCAAGCGGAGAGGACAACUUGAGAGCGUACGCUCCAAUUUAACAUGGAUGGAUAAGUAUGUUUAACUGUGAUCUUUUACUUUGAUUGUAUUACCCCCACCCAAAAAAAGAAUCAGUUCCCAAAGUUGAUACAAAGUUCUUACCAUUUUAAUCGUUUGUUUUUGGUCUUUGUUUGUUAUUUUGACCAUUGCACUAUUUUCUAUGUUUAACACUCCGGCAAUAAAAUGCAACUUUUAAAUGACA